AUUGCAAUUCUUUAGAGGAAUCAGAUCAACACAAACUACAUUCUGGGAACUCCAGAUCAUAUCCAUUUGACAGCUUGGGGUGAAAUCCUCCUUUUAUCUCUCUCACACACACACACACAAACUGUCAUGAGAAUAGAGAAAAUCGAAAGUCUUUACAAAAUGUUAAUUCGGGUGGUUGGACUUAUGUUGGUUUUGAUAUGUUCUGGAAGUCAAGCUCAAGGGACAGUCUUCACCAUGAAGAACAGGGUGAUGGUGGUUGUAUCAGGGGAAAAAAUCAACCUUGAAUUCACUUUGACUGUACCAGCCAGAGACAAUUUAACCCAAGGCCGUUGCUUCGACCCAGACGGAAAGCCCAUAUACACCUUUACUGUGCACCCUGCUCUCCAAAAGGUCGUUCACCGGACAACAAGCAUUGCAUUUGAGAAGUCUGGACAGUACAACUGCCAGUUCAAAGAAAGCAAAGUGUACUUUGUUGUCUUGGUGAAAGAGGAGGCUUACAGGAAGCCCGAAGGACAUCUCCCUGUGACAGUCAUUGUGUUAGCGACUCUCGACUCAGCCCUCCUGAUCUUCAGUGUGCUGGGUUCCAUAUACAUCUUCAAAGGCCACCGGUGUCAAUUCAAUGCGAGGCACCAAAGACAUGCGAGAAAUGGUGAAAGGGAUAAGGAGCAGGUGAAAAAGGAGAGGAAAAAGAGGAAGAAAGGGGGGGUUAGUACACAAGUAGAGAGAGCCGAAACCUCCGCUGCAGUUUAUGCUAGUUUGGACCCUCAAACAAUUUCUGUCUAUGAGGAUCUGCACCCAGAAGCAGCAAAGUCUAACAAUCAAGAGAAGAAAGUAAAGAAAAAGUCAAAACAGUUGGACAAAUUGGUGGAGAUAAAGGCUCAAGAGGAAGUGGAUGGAGAUGUUGAAUGUGUCUAUGAAAACUUUUAGUUUUUAGAUAGUAUUUGUAAAUACGUGUCCUUUACUUAUCAAUGUGUUAUCUGUACAAAAGAAAAUAAAUGUAUUUGUCAAACGGCCA